GAUAGUACAGAACCAUUUGCCUCAACAAUCCCUGUCUGAACAUGGUUUACUCAGGGAUCACGAGAACUGCCAGGAUGCCACUUGAAUGGGUGAUACCGUGGCUCGGUCUCUGCCUGGGGCUAUCUACAGUUAACAGUGCGAUGGUCGAGAUGAUGAAAAAGCCAGUGAUCACGGAAGUGAUAUCCACUCACAAUGACCAGUUCUGCAGCUCAUGGGGAAACUACCACUUUAAGACUUUUGAUGGAGACUUCGUUCAGCUUCCCUUAAAGUGCAACUACGUCCUGGUUUCUGACUGCAAGAACGACUAUGAAAGCUUCAAUAUUCAGUUCCAACGGCAGGAGGAAAAUGGUGUCACCACCAUUAAAAAGAUCAAGAUGAAACUUGACGGAGUCACUGUGGAAUUAAACAACACUGGCGUCAAAGUCAAUGAUGAAAUUGUCACUGUACCAUUCGGCCAGAAUGGCAUUUCUAUUGGAAAAGUUAUGUCCUAUGUUAAAAUCGAAUCAAAGCUGGGUUUGGCUGUCAUGUGGAAUGAAGAAAACUCCCUCUGGGUUGAGUUGGAUACAAAAUUCAUGAAUCAGACCUGUGGCCUGUGUGGUGAUUUCAACGGCAUCCAGAUUUAUGAUGAGUUCAUCAAAACAGAAACAAGAGAGUCUGUAGAAAAAGAGGAAUAUGGGGCUAACUGGAAAGUGGAUGGACUUGAUGGAAAAUGUGAAGAGGACUCUGCUACAGCCAGUCAAACCUGUGCAAACCAGAAAGGCCUCUGUGAGAACCUGCUGUCAGGACCGGCUUUCCUCAGCUGUCAAGACCUGAUCGAUACUGAGUCCUUUAUCGAAGCCUGUGUGCAGGACCUGUGCCACUGUAACAGCAGCACAACAUGCUUGUGUUCAACUGUAUCAGAGUUCUCCCGUCAGUGCGCUCAUGCAGGCGGACAACCACAAAAUUGGCAGACCGCACAGCUGUGUGCAAAAACAUGCCCUUUCAACAUGGAGUAUCAGGAAUGUGAAAGUCCCUGUACUGACACCUGCAGCAAUCCCCAGAGAAGCCAAGUGUGUGAUGAUCACUGCGUAGAUGGAUGCUUCUGUCCGUCUGGGACUGUCUUUGAUGACAUUGCGCAGACUGGGUGUGUUGCCGUUGACGAGUGCUCCUGCUUACACAAUGGCAAGGAAUACAAAUCAGGAGAAUCAUACUCUAGGGCGUGUAAAACAUGCACCUGUACCAAAGGUCAGUGGAACUGUAAGGAUGUGGAUUGUCCUGGUAUCUGCUCUGUGCUGGGUGGAUCGCACAUUUCUACCUAUGAUGAUAAAACAUACACUUUCCAUGGAGAAUGCUCUUAUGUUCUCACUAAGGAAAUGCGUGGGAUUACUGUUAUUGGUGACCUCGGUGGCUGUGAAAAAUCAGCUAAAUCAACUUGCCUGACUGCAGUCACUCUUCUACUGCCUAACAAAAUGAUGAUUGUAGUAGAAGCCGACGGACAGGUUUUUCAAGACAAAGUGUUGGCUAACCUGCCAUCUUUCUUAGAUGGUGUUACCAUUUUAAGGCCAUCAACAUUCUUUGUUGUGAUCAGCACCUCCUACGGGCUUCAUCUUGAGAUUCAGUUAACACCCGUUAUGCAGAUUUACAUCAAAGCCAGUGUGUCCAAUAAAGGAAAACUCAAGGGCCUUUGUGGAGAUUUUAAUGAUGUGGAAGCAGAUGACUUCAAAACAAUGAAUGGAUUGAUCGAAGGAACGGCUGGGAUAUUUGCCAACACAUGGAAGACCAAAGCAAACUGUCCCGAUGUAAAAAAAAAUAGACUGGUGGAUCCAUGUUCUCUGAGUGUAGACAAAGAGAAAUAUGCCAAAAACUGGUGCUCCUUGCUGUCAGAUGCUAAUGGGAUUUUCUCUCCGUGCCAUUCUGAAAUAAACCCUGAAGAUUAUGAAGCUUCUUGUAUUUAUGACUCCUGCACCUGUGACAAUAGUGAGAAAUGCAUGUGUGCUGCUUUAUCCUCCUACGUCCAUGCAUGUGCUGCUGAAGGUGUCUUAUUGAAGGGAUGGAGGGACAUCACAUGCAAGCAAUACACAACAGGAUGCCCAUCUAACUUUGUGUAUGGCUACCAAAUGGAAAGCUGUGGUCGCACCUGUCGCUCUCUAAGUCAGUCGGACUUAACAUGUGAGGUUAAAUUUACCCCGCUUGAUGGCUGCGGCUGUGCAAAAGGAACUUACCUUAAUGACGAGGGAGAGUGUGUGCCAGCUACAAAAUGCCCCUGUUAUGUGGAAGACAUGGUGGUUGUUUCCGGCAAGGUCAUAAGACUCAGCGGACAAACUUGCUCAUGCCAAGGUGGAAAACUAAGCUGUAAAGGAAGCCACAUUAGUGAAUCUUGCAAAAGUCCAAUGGUAUAUUUCGACUGCUCAAGUGCAAAGCCUGGUGUAAACGGAUCUGAGUGCCAAAAAAGCUGCCAAACAGUGGACACAGAAUGUGUCAGUAAAAAAUGUGUCUCAGGCUGUGUAUGUCCUGCUGGACUACUGUCAGAUGAUGUAGGAGGCUGUAUUGCAGAAGAGAACUGUCCCUGCACAUAUCAUGGAGAAUCUUAUCCAUCUGGACAGACUGUCACUGUAGACUGCAAUACCUGCACUUGCAAAAGCAGAAAAUGGAAGUGUACAGAUCGUCAGUGUGAUGGUACCUGUACCAUAUAUGGAGAAGGACACUACAUCACUUUUGAUGAAAAGAAGUUUUCCUUUAACGGAGACUGUGGAUACGUCUUUACCCAGGAUUACUGUGGGGACCAAAUGGAUGGCACUUUCAGGGUUGUAACUGAGAGCAUCCCAUGUGGAACAACUGAAAGCAUCUGCUCCACUGCUAUUAAGCUCUACUUAGGGAACACAGAAAUUGUUCUUUCGGAGGAAGAUGUCAAAGUAAUCAAACAAAACAAAGGAAUUGACAUACCAUAUCAGGUCCACACUAUUGGUAUAUACCUCGUCAUUGAGGCAAAGAAUGGUCUUGUUCUCAUUUGGAAUAAGAAGACAACACUCAUGAUCAAACUGAGCUCCACAUUCAAGGGGAAAGUCUGUGGACUGUGUGGGAAUUACGAUGGCAAUAUAAAAAAUGAUUUUACCACAAGGAACAAAGAAGUUGUGGUUGAAGCCCUUGAGUUUGGAAACAGCUGGAAAGUGUCACCUACCUGUCCUAAUGCCAAAGCACUAAAAAAUCCUUGCAGUCUGUACUCACACAGACAGGCAUGGGCAUUAAAACACUGCAGCAUUAUCAACAGUAAAGUAUUUGCUGUUUGCCAUUCAAAGGUGGAUUCACAAAACUAUUAUGAUGCUUGUGUGAAAGACACAUGUGCCUGCAAUACAGGAGGAGAUUGUGAAUGUUUCUGCUCAAGUGUUGCAGCCUAUGCAGCAGCCUGUAAUAAGGCCGGGGCAUGUAUAAAAUGGAGAACUCCCACCAUCUGCCCUCUAUUCUGUGAUUUUUACAACCCUGAUGGAGAAUGUGAAUGGCAUUAUGAACCAUGUGGAAAACCAUGCAUGAAGACAUGUAGGAAUCCCUCAGGAGAGUGCUACAAUCAAAUUCCAGAAUUAGAAGGCUGUUAUCCAAGUUGUCCACCUGAAAGAUCUUAUUUGGAGGAAGUUACGAUGAAGUGUGUGCCAAAAGAGGCAUGUGGCUGCUAUGAUAACAAUGGCAAGCAUUAUAAAGAAGGGGAGCUCCUGCCUCGAACAGAAAACUGUUACAAAUGUUAUUGUUCUUCAACAAAGGCGAAGUGUGAAUAUCAUGUACAAGAUUGCACAUGCUCAUACAAAGGACAUAUAUACAAUUAUGAUGAUAUAGUAUAUGACACACAUGAUGGAGAUGGAACGUGUAUCACUGCUAUUUGCGGUGAAAAUGGGAAUAUUACAAGAAUCUUUGGAACUUGCCAUACACCUACAACCACAAAGGCAUCGACAACAACAGCCUUUGUUUUUGAAACAACAACUGCUAAAUCCACAACAGCCAAAAAAGAGCCCAUCACAACCACUACACUCAUAGAGAAACCCACCGCAACGGUCACAGAGAAGCCCAGCACUACUGCUGCUACAACCACAGAAAAAUCCACCACAACCACAGAAAGACCAACAACAACAGCAGCGAUCACAGAAAAAUCCACCACAACAACAAGUGGAGAGCCCAGUACCCCUGCAACUACAGAAAAACCUAGCACCACAACAACUGCUAAAUCCACAACAGCCAAAAAAGAGCCCAUCACAACCACUACACUCACAGAGAAACCCACCGCAACGGUCACAGAGAAGCCCAGCACUACUGCUGCUACAACCACAAAGAAAUCCUCCACAACAUCUGCAAACUGCUUUCGUUGUUCUUGGUCAGUUUGGACCAACAGUCAUUACCCUGAGGAUGGCAAUGGCGGUGGAGAGUAUGAGCCUAUUGACAAAAUUACGAAUCCAGAUCUGAGUACUUGCAGUAAACCUCUGAAAAUAGAGUGUAGAUCAAAAGACCAUAUAGAUACACCCUUCAAUGAAAUUGGUCAAAAAGUAACAUGCGACCCAGAAGUUGGACUGAGAUGUUUUAAUAAAGAUCAAGGUUUUCCUCCUACAUGUUAUGACUAUGAAAUACGAGUCCAAUGUUGCAUCAACAUUUGUGCACCAUCAACCACAAAGGCCCCCUCCACAACACCAACCAAAGGAACCAUACCUUCAACCACUACAACAUCUGGAUCAACAGAAAAAAUUGGCACUACCUCUGGUGCCGUCACAGAAAAUCCAACGACAACCACGCUCACAGAAGAGCCCACCACAAAAACCACAACCACAGAAAAACCCACAGCCGCCAUAACAGCCACAGAAAAGCCCAGUUCUACUGCCUCUCCAACCACAGAACAACCCACAGUGACAGAAAAAUCAACCACAACCACAGAAAGACCAACAACAACAGCAGCGGUCACAGAAAAAUCCACCACAACAACAAGUGGAGAGCCCAGUACCCCUGCAACUACAGAAAAACCUAGCACCACAACAACUGCUAAAUCCACAACAGCCAAAAAAGAGCCCAUCACAACUACUACACUCACAGAGAAACCCACCGCAACGGUCACAGAGAAGCCCAGCACUACUGCUGCUACAACCACAAAGAAAUCCUCCACAACAUCUGCAAACUGCUUUCGUUGUUCUUGGUCAGUUUGGACCAACAGUCAUUACCCUGAGGAUGGCAAUGGCGGUGGAGAGUAUGAGCCUAUUGACAAAAUUACGAAUCCAGAUCUGAGUACUUGCAGUAAACCUCUGAAAAUAGAGUGCAGAUCAAAAGACCAUAUAGAUACACCCUUCAAUGAAAUUGGUCAAAAAGUAACAUGCGACCCAGAAGUUGGACUGAGAUGUUUUAAUAAAGAUCAAGGUUUUCCUCCUACAUGUUAUGACUAUGAAAUACGAGUCCAAUGUUGCAUCAACAUUUGUGCACCAUCAACCACAAAGGCCCCCUCCACAACACCAACCAAAGGAACCAUACCUUCAACCACUACAACAUCUGGAUCAACAGAAAAAAUUGGCACUACCUCUGGUGCCGUCACAGAAAAUCCAACGACAACCACGCUCACAGAAGAGCCCACCACAAAAACCACAACCACAGAAAAACCCACAGCCGCCAUAACAGCCACAGAAAAGCCCAGUUCUACUGCCUCUCCAACCACAGAACAACCCACAGUGACAGAAAAAUCAACCACAACCACAGAAAGACCAACAACAACAGCAGCGGUCACAGAAAAAUCCACCACAACAACAAGUGGAGAGCCCAGUACCCCUGCAACUACAGAAAAACCUAGCACCACAACAACUGCUAAAUCCACAACAGCCAAAAAAGAGCCCAUCACAACCACUACACUCACAGAGAAACCCACCGCAACGGUCACAGAGAAGCCCAGCACUACUGCUGCUACAACCACAAAGAAAUCCUCCACAACAUCUGCAAACUGCUUUCGUUGUUCUUGGUCAGUUUGGACCAACAGUCAUUACCCUGAGGAUGGCAAUGGCGGUGGAGAGUAUGAGCCUAUUGACAAAAUUACGAAUCCAGAUCUGAGUACUUGCAGUAAACCUCUGAAAAUAGAGUGCAGAUCAAAAGACCAUAUAGAUACACCCUUCAAUGAAAUUGGUCAAAAAGUAACAUGCGACCCAGAAGUUGGACUGAGAUGUUUUAAUAAAGAUCAAGGUUUUCCUCCUACAUGUUAUGACUAUGAAAUACGAGUCCAAUGUUGCGUCAACAUUUGUGCACCAUCAACCACAAAGGCCCCCUCCACAACACCAACCAAAGGAACCAUACCUUCAACCACUACAACAUCUGGAUCAACAGAAAAAAUUGGCACUACCUCUGGUGCCGUCACAGAAAAUCCAACGACAACCACGCUCACAGAAGAGCCCACCACAAAAACCACAACCACAGAAAAACCCACAGCCACCACAACAGCCACAGAAAAGCCCAGUUCUACUGCCUCUCCAACCACAGAACAACCCACAGUGACAGAAAAAUCAACCACAACCACAGAAAGACCAACAACAACAGCAGCGGUCACAGAAAAAUCCACCACAACAACAAGUGGAGAGCCCAGUACCCCUGCAACUACAGAAAAACCUAGCACCACAACAACUGCUAAAUCCACAACAGCCAAAAAAGAGCCCAUCACAACCACUACACUCACAGAGAAACCCACCGCAACGGUCACAGAGAAGCCCAGCACUACUGCUGCUACAACCACAAAGAAAUCCUCCACAACAUCUGCAAACUGCUUUCGUUGUUCUUGGUCAGUUUGGACCAACAGUCAUUACCCUGAGGAUGGCAAUGGCGGUGGAGAGUAUGAGCCUAUUGACAAAAUUACGAAUCCAGAUCUGAGUACUUGCAGUAAACCUCUGAAAAUAGAGUGCAGAUCAAAAGACCAUAUAGAUACACCCUUCAAUGAAAUUGGUCAAAAAGUAACAUGCGACCCAGAAGUUGGACUGAGAUGUUUUAAUAAAGAUCAAGGUUUUCCUCCUACAUGUUAUGACUAUGAAAUACGAGUCCAAUGUUGCGUCAACAUUUGUGCACCAUCAACCACAAAGGCCCCCUCCACAACACCAACCAAAGGAACCAUACCUUCAACCACUACAACAUCUGGAUCAACAGAAAAAAUUGGCACUACCUCUGGUGCCGUCACAGAAAAUCCAACGACAACCACGCUCACAGAAGAGCCCACCACAAAAACCACAACCACAGAAAAACCCACAGCCGCCAUAACAGCCACAGAAAAGCCCAGUUCUACUGCCUCUCCAACCACAGAACAACCCACAGUGACAGAAAAAUCAACCACAACCACAGAAAGACCAACAACAACAGCAGCGGUCACAGAAAAAUCCACCACAACAACAAGUGGAGAGCCCAGUACCCCUGCAACUACAGAAAAACCUAGCACCACAACAACUGCUAAAUCCACAACAGCCAAAAAAGAGCCCAUCACAACCACUACACUCACAGAGAAACCCACCGCAACGGUCACAAAGAAGCCCAGCACUACUGCUGCUACAACCACAAAGAAAUCCUCCACAACAUCUGCAAACUGCUUUCGUUGUUCUUGGUCAGUUUGGACCAACAGUCAUUACCCUGAGGAUGGCAAUGGCGGUGGAGAGUAUGAGCCUAUUGACAAAAUUACGAAUCCAGAUCUGAGUACUUGCAGUAAACCUCUGAAAAUAGACUGCAGAUCAAAAGACCAUAUAGAUACACCCUUCAAUGAAAUUGGUCAAAAAGUAACAUGCGACCCAGAAGUUGGACUGAGAUGUUUUAAUAAAGAUCAAGGUUUUCCUCCUACAUGUUAUGACUAUGAAAUACGAGUCCAAUGUUGCGUCAACAUUUGUGCACCAUCAACCACAAAGGCCCCCUCCACAACACCAACCAAAGGAACCAUACCUUCAACCACUACAACAUCUGGAUCAACAGAAAAAAUUGGCACUACCUCUGGUGCCGUCACAGAAAAUCCAACGACAACCACGCUCACAGAAGAGCCCACCACAAAAACCACAACCACAGAAAAACCCACAGCCACCACAACAGCCACAGAAAAGCCCAGUUCUACUGCCUCUCCAACCACAGAACAACCCACAGUGACAGAAAAAUCAACCACAACCACAGAAAGACCAACAACAACAGCAGCGGUCACAGAAAAAUCCACCACAACAACAAGUGGAGAGCCCAGUACCCCUGCAACUACAGAAAAACCUAGCACCACAACAACUGCUAAAUCCACAACAGCCAAAAAAGAGCCCAUCACAACCACUACACUCACAGAGAAACCCACCGCAACGGUCACAGAGAAGCCCAGCACUACUGCUGCUACAACCACAAAGAAAUCCUCCACAACAUCUGCAAACUGCUUUCGUUGUUCUUGGUCAGUUUGGACCAACAGUCAUUACCCUGAGGAUGGCAAUGGCGGUGGAGAGUAUGAGCCUAUUGACAAAAUUAAGAAUCCAGAUCUGAGUACUUGCAGUAAACCUCUGAAAAUAGAGUGUAGAUCAAAAGACCAUAUAGAUACACCCUUCAAUGAAAUUGGUCAAAAAGUAACAUGCGACCCAGAAGUUGGACUGAAAUGUUUUAAUAAAGAUCAAGGUUUUCCUCCUACAUGUUAUGACUAUGAAAUACGAGUCCAAUGUUGCGUCAACAUUUGUGCACCAUCAACCACAAAGGCCCCCUCCACAACACCAACCAAAGGAACCAUACCUUCAACCACUACAACAUCUGGAUCAACAGAAAAAAUUGGCACUACCUCUGGUGCCGUCACAGAAAAUCCAACGACAACCACGCUCACAGAAGAGCCCACCACAAAAACCACAACCACAGAAAAACCCACAGCCACCACAACAGCCACAGAAAAGCCCAGUUCUACUGCCUCUCCAACCACAGAACAACCCACAGUGACAGAAAAAUCAACCACAACCACAGAAAGACCAACAACAACAGCAGCGGUCACAGAAAAAUCCACCACAACAACAAGUGGAGAGCCCAGUACCCCUGCAACUACAGAAAAACCUAGCACCACAACAACUGCUAAAUCCACAACAGCCAAAAAAGAGCCCACCACAACAACCACAACCACAGAAAAACCUGGAACAACUCUAAAACCCACUGAAACAACAUCUGAAGUUGUAACAGAUCAAGUGGUCACAACGGUACAAACACCAAGACCUGUUGUCGUUGUUACAACUACUGCAACCACAGAGAAGACCACAACAACAGCCACAGAGAAGACCAGCACUACUGCAGCCACAACCACUGAGCAACCCAAAGUGACAGGAGAAUCAACCACAAUUUCAGAAAAACCCACAGCCACCACAACAGCCACAGAAAAGCCCAGUUCUACUGCCUCUCCAACCACAGAACAACCCACAGUGACAGAAAAAUCAACCACAACCACAGAAAGACCAACAACAACAGCAGCGAUCACAGAAAAAUCCACCACAACAACAAGUGGAGAGCCCAGUACCCCUGCAACUACAGAAAAACCUAGCACCACAACAACUGCUAAAUCCACAACAGCCAAAAAAGAGCCCAUCACAACCACUACACUCACAGAGAAACCCACCGCAACAGUCACAGAGAAGCCCAGCACUACUGCUGCUACAACCACAAAGAAAUCCUCCACAACAUCUGCAAACUGCUUUCGUUGUUCUUGGUCAGUUUGGACCAACAGUCAUUACCCUGAGGAUGGCAAUGGCGGUGGAGAGUAUGAGCCUAUUGACAAAAUUACGAAUCCAGAUCUGAGUACUUGCAGUAAACCUCUGAAAAUAGAGUGCAGAUCAAAAGACCAUAUAGAUACACCCUUCAAUGAAAUUGGUCAAAAAGUAACAUGCGACCCAGAAGUUGGACUGAAAUGUUUUAAUAAAGAUCAAGGUUUUCCUCCUACAUGUUAUGACUAUGAAAUACGAGUCCAAUGUUGCGUCAACAUUUGUGCACCAUCAACCACAAAGGCCCCCUCCACAACACCAACCAAAGGAACCAUACCUUCAACCACUACAACAUCUGGAUCAACAGAAAAAAUUGGCACUACCUCUGGUGCCGUCACAGAAAAUCCAAUGACAACCACGCUCACAGAAGAGCCCACCACAAAAACCACAACCACAGAAAAACCCACAGCCACCACAACAGCCACAGAAAAGCCCAGUUCUACUGCCUCUCCAACCACAGAACAACCCACAGUGACAGAAAAAUCAACCACAACCACAGAAAGACCAACAACAACAGCAGCGGUCACAGAAAAAUCCACCACAACAACAAGUGGAGAGCCCAGUACCCCUGCAACUACAGAAAAAUCUAGCACCACAACAACUGCUAAAUCCACAACAGCCAAAAAAGAGCCCAUCACAACCACUACACUCACAGAGAAACCCACCGCAACGGUCACAGAGAAGCCCAGCACUACUGCUGCUACAACCACAAAGAAAUCCUCCACAACAUCUGCAAACUGCUUUCGUUGUUCUUGGUCAGUUUGGACCAACAGUCAUUACCCUGAGGAUGGCAAUGGCGGUGGAGAGUAUGAGCCUAUUGACAAAAUUACGAAUCCAGAUCUGAGUACUUGUAGUAAACCUCUGAAAAUAGAGUGUAGAUCAAAAGACCAUAUAGAUACACCCUUCAAUGAAAUUGGUCAAAAAGUAACAUGCGACCCAGAAGUUGGACUGAAAUGUUUUAAUAAAGAUCAAGGUUUUCCUCCUACAUGUUAUGACUAUGAAAUACGAGUCCAAUGUUGCGUCAACAUUUGUGCACCAUCAACCACAAAGGCCCCCUCCACAACACCAACCAAAGGAACCAUACCUUCAACCACUACAACAUCUGGAUCAACAGAAAAAAUUGGCACUACCUCUGGUGCCGUCACAGAAAAUCCAACGACAACCACGCUCACAGAAGAGCCCACCACAAAAACCACAACCACAGAAAAACCCACAGCCACCACAACAGCCACAGAAAAGCCCAGUUCUACUGCCUCUCCAACCACAGAACAACCCACAGUGACAGAAAAAUCAACCACAACCACAGAAAGACCAACAACAACAGCAGCGGUCACAGAAAAAUCCACCACAACAACAAGUGGAGAGCCCAGUACCCCUGCAACUACAGAAAAACCUAGCACCACAACAACUGCUAAAUCCACAACAGCCAAAAAAGAGCCCAUCACAACCACUACACUCACAGAGAAACCCACCGCAACGGUCACAGAGAAGCCCAGCACUACUGCUGCUACAACCACAAAGAAAUCCUCCACAACAUCUGCAAACUGCUUUCGUUGUUCUUGGUCAGUUUGGACCAACAGUCAUUACCCUGAGGAUGGCAAUGGCGGUGGAGAGUAUGAGCCUAUUGACAAAAUUACGAAUCCAGAUCUGAGUACUUGCAGUAAACCUCUGAAAAUAGAGUGCAGAUCAAAAGACCAUAUAGAUACACCCUUCAAUGAAAUUGGUCAAAAAGUAACAUGCGACCCAGAAGUUGGACUGAAAUGUUUUAAUAAAGAUCAAGGUUUUCCUCCUACAUGUUAUGACUAUGAAAUACGAGUCCAAUGUUGCGUCAACAUUUGUGCACCAUCAACCACAAAGGCCCCCUCCACAACACCAACCAAAGGAACCAUACCUUCAACCACUACAACAUCUGGAUCAACAGAAAAAAUUGGCACUACCUCUGGUGCCGUCACAGAAAAUCCAAUGACAACCACGCUCACAGAAGAGCCCACCACAAAAACCACAACCACAGAAAAACCCACAGCCACCACAACAGCCACAGAAAAGCCCAGUUCUACUGCCUCUCCAACCACAGAACAACCCACAGUGACAGAAAAAUCAACCACAACCACAGAAAGACCAACAACAACAGCAGCGGUCACAGAAAAAUCCACCACAACAACAAGUGGAGAGCCCAGUACCCCUGCAACUACAGAAAAAUCUAGCACCACAACAACUGCUAAAUCCACAACAGCCAAAAAAGAGCCCAUCACAACCACUACACUCACAGAGAAACCCACCGCAACGGUCACAGAGAAGCCCAGCACUACUGCUGCUACAACCACAAAGAAAUCCUCCACAACAUCUGCAAACUGCUUUCGUUGUUCUUGGUCAGUUUGGACCAACAGUCAUUACCCUGAGGAUGGCAAUGGCGGUGGAGAGUAUGAGCCUAUUGACAAAAUUACGAAUCCAGAUCUGAGUACUUGUAGUAAACCUCUGAAAAUAGAGUGUAGAUCAAAAGACCAUAUAGAUACACCCUUCAAUGAAAUUGGUCAAAAAGUAACAUGCGACCCAGAAGUUGGACUGAAAUGUUUUAAUAAAGAUCAAGGUUUUCCUCCUACAUGUUAUGACUAUGAAAUACGAGUCCAAUGUUGCGUCAACAUUUGUGCACCAUCAACCACAAAGGCCCCCUCCACAACACCAACCAAAGGAACCAUACCUUCAACCACUACAACAUCUGGAUCAACAGAAAAAAUUGGCACUACCUCUGGUGCCGUCACAGAAAAUCCAACGACAACCACGCUCACAGAAGAGCCCACCACAAAAACCACAACCACAGAAAAACCCACAGCCACCACAACAGCCACAGAAAAGCCCAGUUCUACUGCCUCUCCAACCACAGAACAACCCACAGUGACAGAAAAAUCAACCACAACCACAGAAAGACCAACAACAACAGCAGCGGUCACAGAAAAAUCCACCACAACAACAAGUGGAGAGCCCAGUACCCCUGCAACUACAGAAAAACCUAGCACCACAACAACUGCUAAAUCCACAACAGCCAAAAAAGAGCCCAUCACAACCACUACACUCACAGAGAAACCCACCGCAACGGUCACAGAGAAGCCCAGCACUACUGCUGCUACAACCACAAAGAAAUCCUCCACAACAUCUGCAAACUGCUUUCGUUGUUCUUGGUCAGUUUGGACCAACAGUCAUUACCCUGAGGAUGGCAAUGGCGGUGGAGAGUAUGAGCCUAUUGACAAAAUUACGAAUCCAGAUCUGAGUACUUGCAGUAAACCUCUGAAAAUAGAGUGUAGAUCAAAAGACCAUAUAGAUACACCCUUCAAUGAAAUUGGUCAAAAAGUAACAUGCGACCCAGAAGUUGGACUGAAAUGUUUUAAUAAAGAUCAAGGUUUUCCUCCUACAUGUUAUGACUAUGAAAUACGAGUCCAAUGUUGCGUCAACAUUUGUGCACCAUCAACCACAAAGGCCCCCUCCACAACACCAACCAAAGGAACCAUACCUUCAACCACUACAACAUCUGGAUCAACAGAAAAAAUUGGCACUACCUCUGGUGCCGUCACAGAAAAUCCAACGACAACCACGCUCACAGAAGAGCCCACAAAAACCACAACCACAGAAAAACCCACAGCCACCACAACAGCCACAGAAAAGCCCAGUUCUACUGCCUCUCCAACCACAGAACAACCCACAGUGACAGAAAAAUCAACCACAACCACAGAAAGACCAACAACAGCAGCGGUCACAGAAAAAUCCACCACAACAACAAGUGGAGAGCCCAGUACCCCUGCAACUACAGAAAAACCUAGCACCACAACAACUGCUAAAUCCACAACAGCCAAAAAAGAGCCCACCACAACAACCACAACCACAGAAAAACCUGGAACAACUCUAAAACCCACUGAAACAACAUCUGAAGUUGUAACAGAUCAAGUGGUCACAACGGUACAAACACCAAGACCUGUUGUCGUUGUUACAACUACUGCAACCACAGAGAAGACCACAACAACAGCCACAGAGAAGACCAGCACUACUGCAGCCACAACCACUGAGCAACCCAAAGUGACAGGAGAAUCAACCACAAUUUCAGAAAAACCCACAGUCACCACAACAGCCACAGAAAAGCCCAGUUCUACUGCCUCUCCAACCACAGAACAACCCACAGUGACAGAAAAAUCAACCACAACCACAGAAAGACCAACAACAACAGCAGCGAUCACAGAAAAAUCCACCACAACAACAAGUGGAGAGCCCAGUACCCCUGCAACUACAGAAAAACCUAGCACCACAACAACUGCUAAAUCCACAACAGCCAAAAAAGAGCCCAUCACAACCACUACACUCACAGAGAAACCCACCGCAACAGUCACAGAGAAGCCCAGCACUACUGCUGCUACAACCACAAAGAAAUCCUCCACAACAUCUGCAAACUGCUUUCGUUGUUCUUGGUCAGUUUGGACCAACAGUCAUUACCCUGAGGAUGGCAAUGGCGGUGGAGAGUAUGAGCCUAUUGACAAAAUUACGAAUCCAGAUCUGAGUACUUGCAGUAAACCUCUGAAAAUAGAGUGCAGAUCAAAAGACCAUAUAGAUACACCCUUCAAUGAAAUUGGUCAAAAAGUAACAUGCGACCCAGAAGUUGGACUGAAAUGUUUUAAUAAAGAUCAAGGUUUUCCUCCUACAUGUUAUGACUAUGAAAUACGAGUCCAAUGUUGCGUCAACAUUUGUGCACCAUCAACCACAAAGGCCCCCUCCACAACACCAACCAAAGGAACCAUACCUUCAACCACUACAACAUCUGGAUCAACAGAAAAAAUUGGCACUACCUCUGGUGCCGUCACAGAAAAUCCAACGACAACCACGCUCACAGAAGAGCCCACCACAAAAACCACAACCACAGAAAAACCCACAGCCACCACAACAGCCACAGAAAAGCCCAGUUCUACUGCCUCUCCAACCACAGAACAACCCACAGUGACAGAAAAAUCAACCACAACCACAGAAAGACCAACAACAACAGCAGCGGUCACAGAAAAAUCCACCACAACAACAAGUGGAGAGCCCAGUACCCCUGCAACUACAGAAAAAUCUAGCACCACAACAACUGCUAAAUCCACAACAGCCAAAAAAGAGCCCAUCACAACCACUACACUCACAGAGAAACCCACCGCAACGGUCACAGAGAAGCCCAGCACUACUGCUGCUACAACCACAAAGAAAUCCUCCACAACAUCUGCAAACUGCUUUCGUUGUUCUUGGUCAGUUUGGACCAACAGUCAUUACCCUGAGGAUGGCAAUGGCGGUGGAGAGUAUGAGCCUAUUGACAAAAUUACGAAUCCAGAUCUGAGUACUUGCAGUAAACCUCUGAAAAUAGAGUGUAGAUCAAAAGACCAUAUAGAUACACCCUUCAAUGAAAUUGGUCAAAAAGUAACAUGCGACCCAGAAGUUGGACUGAAAUGUUUUAAUAAAGAUCAAGGUUUUCCUCCUACAUGUUAUGACUAUGAAAUACGAGUCCAAUGUUGCGUCAACAUUUGUGCACCAUCAACCACAAAGGCCCCCUCCACAACACCAACCAAAGGAACCAUACCUUCAACCACUACAACAUCUGGAUCAACAGAAAAAAUUGGCACUACCUCUGGUGCCGUCACAGAAAAUCCAACGACAACCACGCUCACAGAAGAGCCCACCACAAAAACCACAACCACAGAAAAACCCACAGCCACCACAACAGCCACAGAAAAGCCCAGUUCUACUGCCUCUCCAACCACAGAACAACCCACAGUGACAGAAAAAUCAACCACAACCACAGAAAGACCAACAACAACAGCAGCGGUCACAGAAAAAUCCACCACAACAACAAGUGGAGAGCCCAGUACCCCUGCAACUACAGAAAAACCUAGCACCACAACAACUGCUAAAUCCACAACAGCCAAAAAAGAGCCCAUCACAACCACUACACUCACAGAGAAACCCACCGCAACGGUCACAGAGAAGCCCAGCACUACUGCUGCUACAACCACAAAGAAAUCCUCCACAACAUCUGCAAACUGCUUUCGUUGUUCUUGGUCAGUUUGGACCAACAGUCAUUACCCUGAGGAUGGCAAUGGCGGUGGAGAGUAUGAGCCUAUUGACAAAAUUACGAAUCCAGAUCUGAGUACUUGCAGUAAACCUCUGAAAAUAGAGUGUAGAUCCAAAGACCAUAUAGAUACACCCUUCAAUGAAAUUGGUCAAAAAGUAACAUGCGACCCAGAAGUUGGACUGAAAUGUUUUAAUAAAGAUCAAGGUUUUCCUCCUACAUGUUAUGACUAUGAAAUACGAGUCCAAUGUUGCGUCAACAUUUGUGCACCAUCAACCACAAAGGCCCCCUCCACAACACCAACCAAAGGAACCAUACCUUCAACCACUACAACAUCUGGAUCAACAGAAAAAAUUGGCACUACCUCUGGUGCCGUCACAGAAAAUCCAACGACAACCACGCUCACAGAAGAGCCCACCACAAAAACCACAACCACAGAAAAACCCACAGCCACCACAACAGCCACAGAAAAGCCCAGUUCUACUGCCUCUCCAACCACAGAACAACCCACAGUGACAGAAAAAUCAACCACAACCACAGAAAGACCAACAACAACAGCAGCGGUCACAGAAAAAUCCACCACAACAACAAGUGGAGAGCCCAGUACCCCUGCAACUACAGAAAAACCUAGCACCACAACAACUGCUAAAUCCACAACAGCCAAAAAAGAGCCCAUCACAACCACUACACUCACAGAGAAACCCACCGCAACGGUCACAGAGAAGCCCAGCACUACUGCUGCUACAACCACAAAGAAAUCCUCCACAACAUCUGCAAACUGCUUUCGUUGUUCUUGGUCAGUUUGGACCAACAGUCAUUACCCUGAGGAUGGCAAUGGCGGUGGAGAGUAUGAGCCUAUUGACAAAAUUACGAAUCCAGAUCUGAGUACUUGCAGUAAACCUCUGAAAAUAGAGUGUAGAUCCAAAGACCAUAUAGAUACACCCUUCAAUGAAAUUGGUCAAAAAGUAACAUGCGACCCAGAAGUUGGACUGAAAUGUUUUAAUAAAGAUCAAGGUUUUCCUCCUACAUGUUAUGACUAUGAAAUACGAGUCCAAUGUUGCGUCAACAUUUGUGCACCAUCAACCACAAAGGCCCCCUCCACAACACCAACCAAAGGAACCAUACCUUCAACCACUACAACAUCUGGAUCAACAGAAAAAAUUGGCACUACCUCUGGUGCCGUCACAGAAAAUCCAACGACAACCACGCUCACAGAAGAGCCCACCACAAAAACCACAACCACAGAAAAACCCACAGCCACCACAACAGCCACAGAAAAGCCCAGUUCUACUGCCUCUCCAACCACAGAACAACCCACAGUGACAGAAAAAUCAACCACAACCACAGAAAGACCAACAACAACAGCAGCGGUCACAGAAAAAUCCACCACAACAACAAGUGGAGAGCCCAGUACCCCUGCAACUACAGAAAAACCUAGCACCACAACAACUGCUAAAUCCACAACAGCCAAAAAAGAGCCCAUCACAACCACUACACUCACAGAGAAACCCACCGCAACGGUCACAGAGAAGCCCAGCACUACUGCUGCUACAACCACAAAGAAAUCCUCCACAACAUCUGCAAACUGCUUUCGUUGUUCUUGGUCAGUUUGGACCAACAGUCAUUACCCUGAGGAUGGCAAUGGCGGUGGAGAGUAUGAGCCUAUUGACAAAAUUACGAAUCCAGAUCUGAGUACUUGCAGUAAACCUCUGAAAAUAGAGUGUAGAUCAAAAGACCAUAUAGAUACACCCUUCAAUGAAAUUGGUCAAAAAGUAACAUGCGACCCAGAAGUUGGACUGAAAUGUUUUAAUAAAGAUCAAGGUUUUCCUCCUACAUGUUAUGACUAUGAAAUACGAGUCCAAUGUUGCGUCAACAUUUGUGCACCAUCAACCACAAAGGCCCCCUCCACAACACCAACCAAAGGAACCAUACCUUCAACCACUACAACAUCUGGAUCAACAGAAAAAAUUGGCACUACCUCUGGUGCCGUCACAGAAAAUCCAACGACAACCACGCUCACAGAAGAGCCCACCACAAAAACCACAACCACAGAAAAACCCACAGCCACCACAACAGCCACAGAAAAGCCCAGUUCUACUGCCUCUCCAACCACAGAACAACCCACAGUGACAGAAAAAUCAACCACAACCACAGAAAGACCAACAACAACAGCAGCGGUCACAGAAAAAUCCACCACAACAACAAGUGGAGAGCCCAGUACCCCUGCAACUACAGAAAAACCUAGCACCACAACAACUGCUAAAUCCACAACAGCCAAAAAAGAGCCCAUCACAACCACUACACUCACAGAGAAACCCACCGCAACGGUCACAGAGAAGCCCAGCACUACUGCUGCUACAACCACAAAGAAAUCCUCCACAACAUCUGCAAACUGCUUUCGUUGUUCUUGGUCAGUUUGGACCAACAGUCAUUACCCUGAGGAUGGCAAUGGCGGUGGAGAGUAUGAGCCUAUUGACAAAAUUACAAAUCCAGAUCUGAGUACUUGCAGUAAACCUCUGAAAAUAGAGUGUAGAUCAAAAGACCAUAUAGAUACACCCUUCAAUGAAAUUGGUCAAAAAGUAACAUGCGACCCAGAAGUUGGACUGAAAUGUUUUAAUAAAGAUCAAGGUUUUCCUCCUACAUGUUAUGACUAUGAAAUACGAGUCCAAUGUUGCGUCAACAUUUGUGCACCAUCAACCACAAAGGCCCCCUCCACAACACCAACCAAAGGAACCAUACCUUCAACCACUACAACAUCUGGAUCAACAGAAAAAAUUGGCACUACCUCUGGUGCCGUCACAGAAAAUCCAACGACAACCACGCUCACAGAAGAGCCCACCACAAAAACCACAACCACAGAAAAACCCACAGCCACCACAACAGCCACAGAAAAGCCCAGUUCUACUGCCUCUCCAACCACAGAACAACCCACAGUGACAGAAAAAUCAACCACAACCACAGAAAGACCAACAACAACAGCAGCGGUCACAGAAAAAUCCACCACAACAACAAGUGGAGAGCCCAGUACCCCUGCAACUACAGAAAAACCUAGCACCACAACAACUGCUAAAUCCACAACAGCCAAAAAAGAGCCCAUCACAACCACUACACUCACAGAGAAACCCACCGCAACGGUCACAGAGAAGCCCAGCACUACUGCUGCUACAACCACAAAGAAAUCCUCCACAACAUCUGCAAACUGCUUUCGUUGUUCUUGGUCAGUUUGGACCAACAGUCAUUACCCUGAGGAUGGCAAUGGCGGUGGAGAGUAUGAGCCUAUUGACAAAAUUACGAAUCCAGAUCUGAGUACUUGCAGUAAACCUCUGAAAAUAGAGUGUAGAUCCAAAGACCAUAUAGAUACACCCUUCAAUGAAAUUGGUCAAAAAGUAACAUGCGACCCAGAAGUUGGACUGAAAUGUUUUAAUAAAGAUCAAGGUUUUCCUCCUACAUGUUAUGACUAUGAAAUACGAGUCCAAUGUUGCGUCAACAUUUGUGCACCAUCAACCACAAAGGCCCCCUCCACAACACCAACCAAAGGAACCAUACCUUCAACCACUACAACAUCUGGAUCAACAGAAAAAAUUGGCACUACCUCUGGUGCCGUCACAGAAAAUCCAACGACAACCACGCUCACAGAAGAGCCCACCACAAAAACCACAACCACAGAAAAACCCACAGCCACCACAACAGCCACAGAAAAGCCCAGUUCUACUGCCUCUCCAACCACAGAACAACCCACAGUGACAGAAAAAUCAACCACAACCACAGAAAGACCAACAACAACAGCAGCGGUCACAGAAAAAUCCACCACAACAACAAGUGGAGAGCCCAGUACCCCUGCAACUACAGAAAAACCUAGCACCACAACAACUGCUAAAUCCACAACAGCCAAAAAAGAGCCCAUCACAACCACUACACUCACAGAGAAACCCACCGCAACGGUCACAGAGAAGCCCAGCACUACUGCUGCUACAACCACAAAGAAAUCCUCCACAACAUCUGCAAACUGCUUUCGUUGUUCUUGGUCAGUUUGGACCAACAGUCAUUACCCUGAGGAUGGCAAUGGCGGUGGAGAGUAUGAGCCUAUUGACAAAAUUACGAAUCCAGAUCUGAGUACUUGCAGUAAACCUCUGAAAAUAGAGUGUAGAUCAAAAGACCAUAUAGAUACACCCUUCAAUGAAAUUGGUCAAAAAGUAACAUGCGACCCAGAAGUUGGACUGAAAUGUUUUAAUAAAGAUCAAGGUUUUCCUCCUACAUGUUAUGACUAUGAAAUACGAGUCCAAUGUUGCGUCAACAUUUGUGCACCAUCAACCACAAAGGCCCCCUCCACAACACCAACCAAAGGAACCAUACCUUCAACCACUACAACAUCUGGAUCAACAGAAAAAAUUGGCACUACCUCUGGUGCCGUCACAGAAAAUCCAACGACAACCACGCUCACAGAAGAGCCCACCACAAAAACCACAACCACAGAAAAACCCACAGCCACCACAACAGCCACAGAAAAGCCCAGUUCUACUGCCUCUCCAACCACAGAACAACCCACAGUGACAGAAAAAUCAACCACAACCACAGAAAGACCAACAACAACAGCAGCGGUCACAGAAAAAUCCACCACAACAACAAGUGGAGAGCCCAGUACCCCUGCAACUACAGAAAAACCUAGCACCACAACAACUGCUAAAUCCACAACAGCCAAAAAAGAGCCCAUCACAACCACUACACUCACAGAGAAACCCACCGCAACGGUCACAGAGAAGCCCAGCACUACUGCUGCUACAACCACAAAGAAAUCCUCCACAACAUCUGCAAACUGCUUUCGUUGUUCUUGGUCAGUUUGGACCAACAGUCAUUACCCUGAGGAUGGCAAUGGCGGUGGAGAGUAUGAGCCUAUUGACAAAAUUACGAAUCCAGAUCUGAGUACUUGCAGUAAACCUCUGAAAAUAGAGUGUAGAUCAAAAGACCAUAUAGAUACACCCUUCAAUGAAAUUGGUCAAAAAGUAACAUGCGACCCAGAAGUUGGACUGAAAUGUUUUAAUAAAGAUCAAGGUUUUCCUCCUACAUGUUAUGACUAUGAAAUACGAGUCCAAUGUUGCGUCAACAUUUGUGCACCAUCAACCACAAAGGCCCCCUCCACAACACCAACCAAAGGAACCAUACCUUCAACCACUACAACAUCUGGAUCAACAGAAAAAAUUGGCACUACCUCUGGUGCCGUCACAGAAAAUCCAACGACAACCACGCUCACAGAAGAGCCCACCACAAAAACCACAACCACAGAAAAACCCACAGCCACCACAACAGCCACAGAAAAGCCCAGUUCUACUGCCUCUCCAACCACAGAACAACCCACAGUGACAGAAAAAUCAACCACAACCACAGAAAGACCAACAACAACAGCAGCGGUCACAGAAAAAUCCACCACAACAACAAGUGGAGAGCCCAGUACCCCUGCAACUACAGAAAAACCUAGCACCACAACAACUGCUAAAUCCACAACAGCCAAAAAAGAGCCCAUCACAACCACUACACUCACAGAGAAACCCACCGCAACGGUCACAGAGAAGCCCAGCACUACUGCUGCUACAACCACAAAGAAAUCCUCCACAACAUCUGCAAACUGCUUUCGUUGUUCUUGGUCAGUUUGGACCAACAGUCAUUACCCUGAGGAUGGCAAUGGCGGUGGAGAGUAUGAGCCUAUUGACAAAAUUACGAAUCCAGAUCUGAGUACUUGCAGUAAACCUCUGAAAAUAGAGUGUAGAUCAAAAGACCAUAUAGAUACACCCUUCAAUGAAAUUGGUCAAAAAGUAACAUGCGACCCAGAAGUUGGACUGAAAUGUUUUAAUAAAGAUCAAGGUUUUCCUCCUACAUGUUAUGACUAUGAAAUACGAGUCCAAUGUUGCGUCAACAUUUGUGCACCAUCAACCACAAAGGCCCCCUCCACAACACCAACCAAAGGAACCAUACCUUCAACCACUACAACAUCUGGAUCAACAGAAAAAAUUGGCACUACCUCUGGUGCCGUCACAGAAAAUCCAACGACAACCACGCUCACAGAAGAGCCCACCACAACAACCACAACCACAGAAAAACCUGUAACAACUCCAAAACCCACUGAAACAACAUCUGAAGUUGUAACACAUCAAGUGGUCACAACAGUACAAUCAACGAGACCUGUUGUCGUUACAACUACUGCAACCACAGAGAAGACCAGCACUACUGCAGCCACAACCACUGAGCAACCCAAAGUGACAGGAGAAUCAACCACAAUCUCAGAAAAACCCACAGCCACCACAACAGCCACAGAAAAGCCCAGUUCUACUGCCUCUCCAACCACAGAACAACCCACAGUGACAGAACAAUCCACAACAAUGCAUUCAACAACUAUGUGUUUCUGCACGUACAGGAAUGAAUCUUUCUCUCCUGGAAGCCUCAUCUACAAUAGAACAGAUGGAGAUGGCUGGUGUUUUACUUCAUAUUGCAAUUUGAGCUGCAAUGUUGAGAAGCAGGACAGACUGUGUCAAUCCACUACCACACCAAAUCCAAGCAUCAGCACCACAAGCUCUGGCAUUACAACACAAACGGGCUCAACAUCUGCCGGAAAAGUAACAACAGUGAAUAUCACGGACUGCUCAUAUCUCAAUCCACCAAGACAGCUUGGUGAGACUUGGAAGAGUGGCUGUCAGCAAUGUGUCUGCAGCAAUGACACUCUGAGUGUUAAGUGUGAGCCACUACCAUGUCCCACUCAAGAACCAAUCAUCUGUACAGAAGAUGGUGAGGUGUUGGUGAAUCGGAUAGUGGACUGCUGUGAGAGACAAAUGUGCGAAUGUGAUAAGGGCCGCUGUUCAUUGCUAAUACAGAAGUGCAAACCGGGACAUGAGCUAGAGGUCCACAGGUCAAAUGACAGUUGCUGCCCCUCUUACGAGUGUGUUCCCAAAGACGUUUGUGUCUUCAAUGAUACUGAGUACAAGCCUGGUGUGAAUUUCUCCAAAGGCCCCUGUGAAUCAUGCAGAUGCACCAACAACAAGGACCCAGACACCAUGCUGAAUGACAUUGAGUGCUAUAUGAUGUCCUGUCUUCCCAACUGUCCAGAAGGCUAUGAGUUUGAAACCAUACCUGGGCAAUGUUGUCCAUCAUGUAAAAAGGCAAGCUGUGUAUUGGAGGUUCCUGGCUCUUCUUCUCCGAUAAUCAUUGAACCUUCUAAGUCUUGGUCGCCACCAAAUGACAACUGUACGAAGUAUGACUGCCAAAAAGUGAAGGAUGAUUUCAUUACCUUAAAAAAUCAAAUCUCAUGUCCUGCAUUUGAUCCAGAGAACUGCAUACCCGGUACUGAACAAACUGACAUGAAUGGUUGUUGCAAAACCUGUACACCUCGUGACAGCUGUCAACCGCAAAAGAACACCACCUACCUGCAGAUUAAGAACUGCAAGUCAGUUGUUGAAGUGGAAAUCACAGCCUGUGCCGGAUCCUGUGGAGCGUCAUCAUCAAUAUACUCUGCAGAGAGUAACAGUAUGAUACAUGCAUGCUCUUGCUGUCAAGAAAUUGCCACGAGUGAGAAGGAAGUGGAUAUGACCUGCACCGAUGGCAGCAAGAUAACGCACACCUACAUUUCAGUCGACAAGUGCGGUUGCCACGUCGCUGAAUGUCCUACGUGAAUCAACGGUUAACAAGAUCUUUUGAAAGACAACAUUGAUGGCAAAGCUAGCUUGCAAAGAAGAUCUGACCAAUAUUCUUUAUUGACUUACUUAUUUAACAUUUCCUGUUUUUUUAACUAUUUGAUAAUCAAGUGACACAUAACAUGUCCUUCCCCCUUUGCCCUUAGUCUCAUAGGGAUAGAUAUGUGAUUAGCACAUAUCAUGGCUUCUCAUUCAGGUUUUAAAAAACUGGUACCUUUUUCAAACUUUAUGAUAUGGUGAUUUUUAGUCUUAGAUGGUGCUUCUUUCUUUUACUGUUAAUGACUUGGGAGUUAAAAUACGCAAGUAUGUCUUCAGAUUUACAGCACAAUGUAGCAAAUGAAUGUAUGAAUUUAAAAAAGAGUGAAGAAUAUCUAAGCUUUUUUGUUGAAUAUUUGAAUUGUGAAACUUCUGCAAAUCUGAACAUCUUCUGUGUCAAUAAAACUCAGGUUUAAAGCUCA